CUUUAUCUGGCUAUAAUUUAAGAGAAGGAGAAAAAUGUAUAGAUUUCCAGAUAGCUAUAUAAAAGUCUGUCACAUAGUGAUCGAAAUCAAAUCGUUUUAAUACUCGCGAGUGCCCUUUUUCUUCCUGUCUGGGAGUAUAUAAAUCAAAUGAAGAUCUUGGUGCUAUUAGUGGCGACACUGGUGGUCGUCAAUGGUUACCGAGACGUACGAUUUCAAAGAUCACCCCAACAUCGAAGACCUUUUCGAUCGUAUCCACAGCAUUAUGGAGUACAAAGUUUUAAAACGCGUCGAUCACCACCUUGGGAUUCAUUGCCACCUUUUAUGAAAGCAGAAAUAAUGAUGGACGAGCCGCCAAUGAUUAUAAAAUCAAAACCAACAAUAUCAUUUCCACCUGAAAUUGAUAUUGAACUACCGUCAAUAAUUCGUGAACUACCAUCGAUUCUUCGUAAGCCAACGAUAAUUAUUGGUGACAAAAUACCAAUAAUUCAUGGAUCAUCGAUUAUUAUUCGUGACUCACCACCUGCAAAAGCUCCUGAUGCACCAGCAAUGCCUGAACCUGUUGCAAUGAUGGCGCCAGCAGCAAUGGCGGCACCUGCACCAAUGGUGGCGCCAGCAGCGAUGCCAGCGCCUGCAGCAACAAUGGCACCAGCAGCAAUGCCUGAACCAACUCCACCAAUGGCGAUGCCAUGUUCCAAACCUUCAAUACCAUACCCUGGACCUUGGGCUGAAAAAACUUUAAGUCUACCACCAGAAUUCUUUUUAUCCGAUGAGUCUAAUCAUUUAAGUGCUGAAAACAAUGGAGCUGGUAUUGCUUGGGAUGCUGCUCCAAUUUCUCCAAGCAUAAAUCCCUGGGCAUCGAUGCCGGAAAUGCCAACAAUGGUAGAAAUGCCAAGUACGGAUGCACCAGCAACAGAAGCACCUACGACAAUUCCACCACCACCUCCCCCACCACCGCCACCCCCAACAAUGGAUGCAGCACCUGAAAUGACAAGUCCACCAGCCAAAGAGCAACCGGACGUGGCAAUGGCUGCCAAACCAGCUGCACCAAUGAUGAUGCCAGAAGGUAUGGGCUUUAUGAUUGCACCUCCAAGAGCAACGAAGAGCAAUCUCAUUUUCCAACAAUCGACACUGCCAGAGACUUUCAACAUUGUUUCUUUGCAGCAUCAUCAAAUCAGCGCUCCGUUCAAACUAAACUUGCCAAAUUUACCGAUUUCCGCAAUGUCAGCUCCUUCCGCUCCAAUGGAAAUGAUAAACAUGCCAAUGAUGGCUGCUAUGAUGCCCGAACCUACUACUGCAGCUCCCCCAGUUACAUUGGCACCUGUUGUGGCUACAACAAAAGCAGAAACUCCAGCUCCGGUUGUGAUGCAUAAAGGAUAUCUCCCCAAAUUACCUCCCAUUCCUGUUGGGUGGCAGCUUGGUGGUUUAGGUGAUAUAGAUCAUGGUGCUCAACAAAAUAAUCCUGUCUGGAAGCAAAUGGUGUCAGAGCCUGCAAAGUGGAGUUUAAUUCUGCCAGAACAACAUCGCCCACCUGUAUCCACUCCUCCUAAGAAUGGAAACGGUUGGUGGUAAAUCUUUCAAGUUACAAAAUGUGGAAAUACUUUUUAAAAAAAACAUCAAAUUUUUUUAAUCUUUAGAGAAAAAAGUCAAUUACUUUGAAUAAAGUACCAAAGGAUAAAUUCGAAGAUAAAUUUUCCUUCGAUUUUUUAAAACUUUUAAAAUGACAAAUUAUGAUGAAUUUAAAAACUAAGUUUUAAAAUUUUUUUGAAAUUUAAGUUUUAAAUUGUGUAAACAUUGUAUAUAUUACGAUAAGACUGGAUAUAAUUUUAUAUAUUAACUAUUGAUAUAAUUAUUGUUAUUAUAGGAAUUGUUUAAUAAUGUUUAGAAUUAUUGAUUAUUACAAAGAAUUGUUAAUUAUUUUUAAUUAAUUAAUAAAUGCAUUGUUUAAUUAUUA